CUAGUGAACACACUCUGCAACGUAUACAGGCGGUUUAAUUCCAAUUUCAGCAAUGCACAGUACUGAUUUCUUUAGGCAUAAUUAAAUUUACUAAAAUGUGAAUUAGUGACAUUUCAUCGUGUGGGGUGUAUACAAAAACAAGGAAAGAACAAAUAUUAUAGUAUAUUAUUAUUAUCAUUAUCAUUGAACACGCCGUUACUAUUUUGGAUGAAAGUGACAUUCUCCUCCAUGUUUUCAAUUCAGUGUUUUCAAUAUGGCGGCGUGCGCAACAUAUAAUUGUGAAUAUAAGAAACACAAUGAACCACAACAAGGAACGUACCAAAUGGUGUUCAACUAUUAUCAUAAGUUACUCUUGUGUUCUGCGACAUCUGAAUAACAUAUCAUGGAAAUGUGCCUGAAAGUACAUUAAUUAAUAUUUCACGCUGUGAGGAACUUAAAAUGGUCUCUGUUCUGUACUGCUUGUACUCUUCGCCAUAAACACCUGAAAGAGGUGAAACUGGACUGAACUUUCCAGCAAGAUUUUCAGGCUAAAUUUAGUACACGUUAAUUUUCGCACUCUUGCAACAGUACAAAGACAAUGCAGUGGAGAAGAAAACGUCGUUUUCUGUACGUGAUUGGCUCUGCUCACCAUGCGCUGCUCAUCAAGCAAUACCGUGAAGAUGGCUGCAAUGGUGUGUGUUCCAACAACGAGGACGAGGCGGAUGGAGACAGAGACUCCGCCUCGCCCCUCAACAGUUCUAGUACUACUGACACGUCCUAUGCGCGCGCAUCUGCACAGCGCAUGCCCAGAACGAAACCUACAUCAUCUCGUGGCAGCAGCUACAACUACAGACACCGUUCCUAUUAUCAACCACACGAUAGCAGCCAACCCCUUGUUACAACGGAGAAGAAAACGUUUAAUGAAGAGGAGUACACGAAGAUAACAACGCCUCGCCAGGACGUGCUGUUCAAGAAAGGAUACUUAGGCCGCAAGCGACCGACUGCAGCGCCCACAGUCGACACCACUGCCAAUGUGAAUAACAGCAACACGAAUCCCGAAAUUACGGCAGCUGAUGUUGCUAAUGGAAACUUCAACGUCAAUGGGACCUAUGAACAAGACGGAGAACCAAUAGAGAACGACCAGACCACGAGCAGUGACGUCAUGAGUCCAGUGGAGGAGCAUCCUCAAUAUAUAUAUGCGACGAACGGCUACGUGGACCAAACAGGAGGUCCUCCUCCAGGACUCUAUUAUAUAAAUGGCAGUGGCUACGAGUUGUAUGACCCCUAUUCUGGUAAUGUGACGGUUGUGGUGGGUCCUGCUCCUCACUAUGGAGGCCCUGGAGGGGGACCUCCUGUCCUGGCAGCAGUCCCAUGCCAGCCUCUACCAUUGCAACCCCUGGAGUGGUUUAACCCCGCCUUCUUACCGUACGUCACGGCGCCUUGUCAUAACGGCCUCGCUACUGCGCGGGAUAGGAGGAAGCGGUACUCCACGGACUCCCAGAACUGCAGCCCGCAGAGCUCUGAAUCUACGGAGCCACCGGGAAGUCCGCAGGAGUGCGAUAUGGAAGCGACACAGGCUGGAGAGCCACCGGGACCGGCAUUAUACACACAGGCCCCUGCAUAUGUCUAUCCGGGGUACAUGUUUGGACCUCCUAUGUAUAACGUUAAUGGAGUAACAGUGCAAGGGGCACCAACGCAGCUUCCAAUUUGUGACAUUACAGGGUCCAAUAAGCGACGCAAGAAGAAAAAGAGGAGGCGGCGACGAAGAGGAGGAGCUGAAGAUGGCUGCUCAGAAGUAUCCAGUUCUGAUGAGAAAGAGUUAGAAGAACCUAUGAGUGUCACCAGUCAGGAAUCUUCAUCACAGGAAAUUGAAUCAGACUCAAAGCAGAGCACUACACUCAACAAUGAUUCUAGUACACUGUCACCACUGUCAUCUUGUCAAACACUGACUCCUACAGAUCUUGCUGAUUCCAACUUAAGGAAACCUGUAGCACCCACUGACCAAAGUACUCAACUCCAUUCAUUCAAUCCUGAAAUACCACUGGUUGUUAACACACAGCAGUCAUCUUUGGGAGAAAAAGAGAAUAUAAAUGCACCUUCAGUAUCAGAACAAAACAUAAUAGACACCUGUUCAAGUCACAAUUGUGAUGCUAAGUCUGCAGUUGAAGAGCUGAAUCAACAGUCAGAACGAAUAACAAAAGACAACAGUGAAGACCUAAAUUCUGUGCCUCUUAUAAAAGACCAUACAGGAACUGAGGAACUAGAUUUGCAUUCAUCUCUUUGUACAUUGUCAUCAUCACAUUCGUUACAAGAAGAUCUAUGUGAGUCACAGACUAGCUACCAAGAUAUACCCUGUGACUUCACCACCCAUCAUUCAGCACAUAGUAGCACGCUGGAAACACAGAGUGAGAGUAACGGAAUAUAUUCUGCAACAACAAGAAUACAUACUAAAGAAUUCAAUUCAUCAGAAGAUACAACUCAAGAGAGACAAAGUGGUGUGCAAUAUGGCAAUGGUAAAACUUCUUCAGUGUCAAAUGAAUCCAUUAGUAAAAUUCAGGAUGCAACAAAGCCUUUGAAGACAAAGAAAUCCAGCAAACAAGCCAAUGUGAAGCAUAAAAAUUCAAAAGGAAAAGAAGAGAAACAGAAAAGACCUAAGACAUCAGUUAUAAAUUGCAGUGCAGACUCAAAUCUGGAAAGGCUAUGUAAGAAUAAAGAAGGUCAUGCAAGAAAUGGGCCAGAUGUCAGUGCAGUGAUAAUAGACUGUAGAACAGAAACACACAGUUCAUCAUCAGUUAACAGCAUUCCAUCAAAGAUUACCACAGAAGUAACAACAUUUACUGAAAAAGACAGUUCUACACAGGAAGAAGUUGGCCGUGACAGUUCUCAUAAUAUCAGAACAGAGGGUUCAAACACAUUGUUUAAUGGUCUUGAUAGAUGCCAGAUUUCAAAACAUGAUAGUGAAGGUAACUCAAUAAUUGAAAUGGAUGGGAAUGAGAAGAAAUCCACAUCAGCUGUAAGUGAACCAAUCAGUUCUGAAGAAUCAGCGCAAAGUGGUAGAAUCAGCCAUAAUAAUGGAACUGGGAAACACAAUUUGUUUCCAGAAUUCAAGAGUUGUUUUGAAGGACCUCCAACAAGACCAGCUAGAAAAGAAAAACGAAAAUCAUCUCCUACUAAUGCCCUGUCUCCAAACCAAAAUCUAAGUGAUGUAUUAACUAAAUCAAGCAUCACUGCUAAACAGUUACAAUUACCAACAAUUUCUUUAAGGCCAGAUAUUCCUAAAACAGAGCACAAAUGUUUGCAUGAAGUAUCCUUAACCCCACAGUUGAAAGGUACAGCAGACAUACUUGAAAGCAUAACUACUGCUCUUACUACAGAGCCACCAGUUACAAAGACAUUGCAAGCAACAGUUCACAAAGAAAAUCCAGUCUUUCAAGAAGCAGAUUAUACUGCAAAUACCUUACAUCCAUCUGAAUCUUCAGUGGCACAUAAAGACCCUGUAUAUAUUGCAGCAUCUGCUUCUGUUGUGCAAUGUUUCUGUCCAACAGAAACUGAGAAAUUACUUGACACUCAUGAAGACAUAUCAGGUCAAGCUACUGCAGUAUCAGUAUCAACAGAAUGUGAAACAGAUACGAAUAAAAAGAAACACCACCAUGAGAUACUGAAACCAUCGGAAUCAAAAUCUAGUCAAAAAGAGAAUGAUAAUAUUAAUGAAGAAAAGAAUAAAGUUGCAUUAAAGUAUCAGAGGUUUGAAGAAUUGCCUCAGUGUACAGAGUUUCAAGAUGAAGUUCAGUCACCAGUACCCCCUCCACGAGGUAAGAAAUUGCUUGCUUGUAAACACAAGCUGACUGAGCAUUCACAGAUACCAGAAUUGAGUUUAGAAGGUGGUAAUGAUGAAAGUUUGAGUGAUAGCACAACUUCUUCAACAACACAUGAAAGUGAAGAGUCUGUAAUAGAACUCUUAUCAUCCACACAUACGAAUCCUGAUGACAGACCAAAACAGGAUUUUUCUUCUGAUGAAGAAGAAGAAAUCAUAUUCAGAGCGAAAAUGGCUCACGGAAAAACUGACCGGAAUAUAAAAUCAGUUCCUCCAGAUAAACCAAAUAUUUGUGCACCGUCCACUAGUGGUCCAUGUCUUCAAGAUUAUAGCAAAAGUUCUUGUGAAGAUAAACUCACCACAUCAAAAAUGCCAUCCAAACCUUGGAUAGGAAAUAUUUCCUUAAAAUAUUCAGAAAUAUAUGCUGAUGGGCUGUCAGAAGUUAUCAUCUCUGAAGCUGUUUCUGAAUCAUCAAAGAAACGAAUGUGCCUACCAAUAACAGAAGCAGUUACAAGAUGGCUGAGAAGUCAGUCACCAGAAGUCCUGUCAUUACCACCACCAGAAGAUGAAACAGAAUCUGAGGGUUCAUCAGAGGAACAGGACUCUGAAGAAGGAAAAGCAGACGAGACUGAAAAUAAAAAAUCAGCCGGUCAAAAAAACGUGUUUUGCAACCCUUUACCUGUACUAUUGCUUGAAGACUGUCACUGUCUGUCAUUUAACAGUGAUAUUAAGCACAGUGGUUACAACAGUGGUACUGGUAGAAGGGUUGCAGUAAAUGAUUUUAAAUAUUACAAGCUUCAGAAUGGAAACAUUGUGGCUGAUAAGUAUGACAAUAAUAUAAUUACUGUUUCUGUGUCAAUUGAAGGAGACAAAAGGCUGAUAAAUAUGUAUGAUGAUAAAAACUAUGUUUCAUUUCACAAGGAUAGCUGUGUUUCACUCAUUCCUGUCACAAAUACUGAUCAUAAAAGUCAUGAAAGACAGGGUCAGAUAAAGAAGUCUAUUGAUGAAGAAAGUCUUUUGACACAAUUUUCCGAAACUGUGACAAAUACUAUAAAUUACAAAAAUGAACAAGUCAGUCCAUCUAGUAACAUCUGUGAAACAACCUUAAACGGAUUUAACCACAAAAAUGAUGGAAUGAAUACAGCAAAAGACAGGUUACAAAAUGAAAUUAUCUUAACUAGGGCUCAAGAAAACAGCUUCCAGAAUACAUCACAAGAUAUCUGUGAAAUUUGCAUCAAUUCAUCAGAUACAACUAUCUUAAACAUCAGUUCUCUUAGCCAAAUGAACUGUAGAUCAUAUGAGAAUGAAUUUCAUGUAAAAAAUCUGAAAAAUGAAAAUGAUAUAGAAUGCACUGCCAAGAACUGUAAAUCAGAUUUGUUAAAAGAUUACGAUGAAUGUAGUUUUACUAGUGAAGGGACAUUAGAAUGUGAAUGGGACAUUUGGGACUGUAACCCAGUAAAGCUUCUGCCUGUGUUAACCACACCAAAAAAUCAAACACCAGUUGAAGAUAUCUUGGCUGAAACACCAGAUAACUAUUGCUCCCAUAUGUGUGAUCCUACAGUGUCAGUAGCAAAGUACUACAGUCUUGGAACUCUGCAAAAGAAAUCUGAUGAUGAUGAAUUAUCGAGUAAUGCAACUGACAGCACUGGUGAUGAAGUUGAUGCACUUAAACAUUUCCAGUAUGAAAUGGAGGACGAUGAUGGCCUGCAAACUGCACCGUUACUAAGCAAUGGAACUGGGAACUUAAAAAGGAUAUCUGAUGAAGAACAUAAUGGAAAUAAAAUCUAUGGUAAUCCAGAUAUCUGCAAAGGUCACUAUAGGGAAUCUGGCCCAGUGAAAGAUUCAGGGAUACAGUUUCAGGAAGAAGCUGAGAGAUGCAAAAAUGUGCAUAAUGUAACAUUAUUGCAGCGAGCACAGACUGCACAUUUGUUCCACAGGAAAUCAUCAGUACUUGUGAGCAAGCUGAAAGGUGAUGGUCCAUUCCCAUGUGGUGGUAUAUGUUGUAUACUACAGUAACACAUUCACACUGCCUCAGAACGGUUUGUUUAAGAUGAACAUUUUGUUGCAAUAUUUAUAUUAUAAUUAUAGGUGGGGAUACCAGGUAACAGCAGCCGAUAUGUUUGCAGCAGUGACAAUGCCUAAAGAAUGUAUUCAAAUUUAGUUUUAUCUGUGAACAAGGUUCAUGAAAUAAUCAUACUCAGCAAAAUAUAAUGCUGAGUUUUCAUGUCAGAUACUUUUCAUAACUUGUUUAGCUAUACUCAGAGCUGAAUCCACUUCCUACCAAUGUAAUCAUUAAUUACUUUAUCUUUAGAUACUGUUCUUAGUAUUCUUGUUGGAAAUUUUUUGAAAUACCCACUUUAAAACUUAUACACUCUUCCUAAAUC